CUCCGCACCAUUGGAGAGAUUGGCCCCUUCCCACACCUCUCUCUUCUUCUUCCUUCUUCUUCUUCUUCUUCUUCUUCUUCUUCAUUGAGCUUCACCUGCAUCAGCACAAAUUCUCAAUCCCUUUUUCAAAUUUAGAUCCUUUCUUUUCUUACUUCAAUCUGUUGUAUUCGAUUCAUCUCUCUUCACUCGAAUAACGGAUUUUGAGAUUCUCUCUGACGUUUCGGGUUUUAAAUGUUGAGCGUUUUGGUAGAUUCAUUGCAGAUCUGAAUAAGAGGAUGAUAUGAUCACAAACCCAGAUACGAAAAAUCUGAUUUUUUUGCAAUUCUGAUUUAUUGAUCAUGUCGACGACGACGACUCAUGGCGUGGAGCAUGUUGGUUUACCGACGAAAAUGGAAGCGAAGAAAUCGAAACAGGGUUGUUGCAACCCGGUUAAGAAACCCGGACCCGUUUCAAUGGAUCAUGUUCUCUUAGCUCUCCGUGAGACGAGAGAGGAAAGGGAUUUACGAAUCAGGAGCUUAUUCAAUUUCUUUGAUUCUGAGAAUGUUGGUUACUUGGAUUGUGCUCAAAUCGAGAAGGGCUUGUGCGCUCUUCAAAUCCCGAGUGGGUAUAAAUACGCUAAGGAGUUGUUUAGGGUUUGUGACGCGAAUCGAGACGGGCGUGUUGAUUAUCAUGAGUUUCGUAGAUAUAUGGAUGAUAAGGAGCUUGAGCUGUAUAGAAUAUUUCAAGCUAUUGAUGUUGAACAUAAUGGUUGCAUUUCUCCUGAGGGGCUCUGGGACUCGCUCGUUAAGGCCGGGAUUGAGAUAAAUGAUGAGGAGCUAGCUCGUUUUGUGGAACACGUUGAUAAGGACAAUGAUGGAAUCAUUCUGUUUGAAGAAUGGAGGGAUUUUCUUUUGCUCUACCCUCAUGAAGCUACCAUUGAAAAUAUAUACCACCAUUGGGAAAGAGUAUGCCUUGUUGAUAUUGGAGAACAAGCUGUUAUUCCAGAAGGCAUUAGCAAACAUGUAAAAAGGAGCAACUAUUUCAUCGCAGGUGGCAUAGCCGGUGCAGCAUCUAGGACGGCAACUGCACCUCUAGAUCGCUUAAAAGUUCUAUUGCAGAUUCAGAAAACUGAUGCUAAAAUCCGAGAAGCCAUAAAGAUGAUAUGGAAACAGGAUGGGGUACGGGGGUUUUUCCGAGGUAAUGGGUUGAAUAUUGUGAAGGUAGCACCAGAGAGUGCCAUCAAGUUCUAUGCGUAUGAGCUUUUCAAAAAUGCUAUUGGUGAAAACAUGGGUGAAGACAAAGCGGAUAUAGGCACAACCGCUAGACUUUUUGCUGGAGGCAUGGCUGGUGCAGUGGCUCAAGCCUCUAUAUACCCUCUGGAUCUUGUGAAAACUCGGUUGCAGACUUGCACGAGCCAAGCAGGUGUUGCUGUUCCCAAGCUUGGAACACUCACCAAAGACAUAUUGGUUCAUGAGGGUCCACGUGCCUUUUACAAAGGUCUUUUCCCUUCUCUUCUUGGGAUUAUUCCUUAUGCGGGUAUCGACCUUGCUGCAUAUGAGAAAUUAAAGGACUUGUCCCGGAUAUAUAUUCUUCAGGAUGCCGAACCAGGUCCACUUGUGCAACUAGGUUGUGGAACAAUCUCAGGAGCUCUUGGAGCAACCUGUGUUUAUCCUUUGCAGGUUGUGAGAACAAGAAUGCAAGCGGAACGGGAAAGGACCUCGAUGUCGGGAGUAUUCAGGAGGACAAUAAGUGAAGAAGGUUACAAAGCACUCUACAAAGGGCUUCUACCGAACCUUCUAAAGGUUGUUCCUGCUGCAAGCAUUACAUAUAUGGUUUACGAAGCUAUGAAAAAGAGUCUAGAACUUGAUUGAUUAGUGGCUUCAUCACUUGAUUUUGAUAUUGACGAAAGAGUGGGAAUAAUAAAAGGAGAACCUAUAAAAAAACUAGUUAUCUUUAACAUUACAUAAUUCUUGUAAACAUCAUUUGUACGAGAUAUAAAUACUAUAAUAUUCUUGUUUCCCCAAACUUUCAGAAUUUUUUGUAAGUGUAGAAAGCUCACUUUAAUCUUUACUUUUGAGCUGAGGAAAUUGUAGUGAUGCUUCUUGA